UCAUCACUUCCGCUUUUAAAACAAAAUGGGUGGCGCCAAAGCUUGACAACAGAGCGGCUGUUUGCAGCCUUCAACGGACACUCUGCGUCCAAAUAAACAAAUGCAAUAUCUGCUGUGUUUAAAUGUCAUGCCCAAAAGUUGUUUUCUGACAUAAGCGACAGUGUAAAGAGGACUUUGGAUAACUGCGUCACGUGAAAGUUGUACAAAUGUCAUCAUGUCGAAGACAGACCAACUUCUUAUCGUUGUGUCCAUCCUUGAAGGUCGCCAAUUCCCGAAGAGUCCCCGUCUCAGUCUGGUGGUGCAGGCGAGCUUCGAUGGCGAGCAGCUGGCCACAGACCCGGCCGAGCACAGCGAGCAGCCGCACUUCAGCACGGAGCUCGCCUGGGAGCUCGACCGCAGGACGCUGCACCAGCACAGACUGCAGAGAACUCCCAUCAAGCUCCAGUGUUUUGCCAUCGACUCUGUCAGUAAGAAGAAAGAGAGCGUGGGCUACAUCGUGCUGGACCUCCGCUCUGCACAGGAGGUCAAACAGGACCCUCGCUGGUAUCCGUUGCUGAGCAGCAAAUACACCAAACAAAGACCCGCCCUCUUCCUCAGCAUGGCGCUGGAGAGCGACACCAAGCCCUCCGAUCCCUCUCCUGAUAGGUUCAAAGCCAAGAAAGCCCCGCCCCGACAAGGUUCUCCUGCAGUAACUGCCAUGCUGCCAGACAAGCUGGAGGCCACACUGAUCCAAGACCAGGGCUACCAUCAGGUGGGACCUGCAGAUCACUGCGGUGACAUGUUCGUCCUGUCCGUCACCGUGGCUUUUGCUACCAAACUAGAACAGUUGAUCCCCAGCACUCUGAAGCUGUCAGCAGAGGGAUCGGGGUUCUUCUUCUACUACUCUUUACUGGGGAACGACAUCACCAGCGAGCCCUUCCACAACCUGCUGAGCCCUGACUUCGAGCCGGAGCGCGCCUCUGUGCGCAUCCGCAGCAGCAAACAGAUCCUGCAGACCUUCCUGUCUCAGCAACCCCCUUUACAGGUGUACCUGUGCUGUGGGAACCACUCCCUGGGCAGCACAGACGUCUCUCUCUCGGCUCUCGCGGCUGUGUCUGUGGAUCUGCAGAACAAGGCAGCGACGGUGGAGGGAGCGUUUAUCCUCCAGCCUCCUAAACGCACCAAACAGGCGCUGCCGGCUCUGCCCCCCGACCUGCAGCCCACUGUGGGGGUGGCUGUCACCCUGAGGAGGGAGGAUGUCACACCACAGUCUUUAGGGAAUAAAGAAGGAAGUGGACCUCCGACCCACUCCAUCCCUCCUCCCUCUCUUCCUCCUGCUGCACAAAGGAGACCUCGAAGCUCCUCUCCGGUCCACAACCCUCCUGCCUCUCCUCCUGCCUCUCUUCCUCCGCCGUCCUCUCAUACAGAGAGCGAAGCAGAGAGUCUUCUGGAGGAGCUUCAACGCGGCAAAGAGCAGGCGGGACAGCUGGAAGCGGCAGAUUUGGAGGUUCAAGCUGGAGCUACAGCAGAAGGUGGAGCUUCAUCCGUCAGCGUCUCUGCUCCCAAAGUGUCCAUCCCCCCCUCCGCCCAUCACUACUGCUUCUCUCUGGACCUCCGCAGCCUGGGACACCUGAGCCUCACACACCCCAUCGCUGUCACACUCAGGUACUCAUAUCAGUUCUUCGGCAGUGCUGCUCCCAUCAUGACCAACCCUCCUGUGGAGCUGCAGAGGAACAUGGAGGCGUCUCUGCCUCAGUCUUACUGCGCCUUCGACUUUGCCGCUCUGCCACAACAACUGCAGGACACCUUCCUCAGGGUUCCUCUGGUGGUGGAGGUUUGGCACAGAGACUCCACCAGCAGGGACCAGCUGAUAGGACGAGCCUCCAUCCAGCUGUCCCACCUGCUGAGCUCGGAGAGGAGCAGACUGCGGGCGUCUUCCGGAGAGCAGAGCUGGAGACAGACUCACCAGGACCGCAUCCCUGUGGUCGCGGCACAGCGUCCCGGGGAGAAGGUGGCAGAGUUGAGCUACGUGGCAACACUGGAGGACCUGGGACCGGUUAAAGCCAGAGAGGUCAUCGUGUCCGACUCUUCACAGGACCAACCUGCAGUCCCCAAACAGCCGCCCUCCCACCCUGCUGCUCCAAACCACACUGUCCCCCCGCUGGGCCCCCUGGCCCCCAGAGACACCCUGGAGUACCGCACGGCCCUGGAGCUGGAGCUGUGGAAGGAGGAGCAGGAGGAUCUGUUCGAUGAUCAGUUGAGGAAGAAGGAGCUGAGCCACAUGCAGGCUCUGGCAGAGGAGUGGAGGAGGAGAGACCGAGAGAGAGAAGCUCUGGUCAAGAAGAAGGAAGUGGAGUACAACGUGCUGGAGGAGCAGCUUCAGAAGACUCUGUCUGAUCUGGAGAAAAGAGAGAAGCAGCUGGCUGAGGCCGAGCUGGAGACCCAGAGGCUGCAGAGGGAGCUGCGGGCCGAACACGAUCUGACCCAGAGGGAGCUGCAGGAGAGCAGCAGGAGGCUGCAGCAGGACUGUGACCACCGGGCGGCGCUGGAGAGGGACAAAGUCCGCCUGAUGGAGGAGGACCGGGCCCGGCUGCUGCAGCAGAUUGCAGAUGGUGAGUCUCGCUAUAAGCAGCUGGAGAGAGAGUUCCAGGUCUACAGAGAACAACAGAACAUCAGACCUGAGUUCAGACUGCAGUCAGAGAUCAACCUGCUCACUCUAGAGAAGGUGGAGCUGGAGAGGAAGCUGGAGACCACCACCAAGUCCAAACUGCACUACAAGCAGCAGUGGGGGCGCGCCUUAAAGGAACUGGCCAGAUUCAAACAGCGGGAGCAGGAAAACGCCAUGACGCGUCUGAAGAAGCAGCAGGCGGAGCUUGAGGCCAUGAGGCUGCGUUACCUAGCAACAGAGCAGAAGGAGGCGGUCAGUCAGGACCGACAGGAGCUGGACGACAUCAAGAACCAACUCAACAGAUUAAAGCAGCAGGAGGACAGGUUAGGCCCCGCCUCCUCCCAGUGUGGCCCCGCCCCCGCUCAGAGCGUCAACGAGAGCGCAGACGAGCACCUGAGCCGCCUGCUGGAGGAGAGAGACACGCUGCUGAGGACCGGCGUCUACACACACCAGGACAGGAUCAUCGCCGAGCUCAACAGACAGAUCCAGGACGCCAUGACGGACAGAGAGGAGCUCUGACGGCCAAUCAGAGGCAAGCGCUGACGCCGUUAGAACGUGUUUGUUUCUGGAAAAUACAUUCAAGCUUUUGGUUAAGAUAGAGUUGAACUUGUCCUUUUAAAGGAUCAUUCCUCUAGUUCUGUAUGUCUGGACCUUAACAUACAAACUAUAUUUGAACCUUUUGGGUUCCCGACUAUUCAACAUUUACUUUAUUUUUUGAGCUGCUGAUGCAUUCAAGAACAUUCGGAAUCGCACAAAACGCAUUACAAUGUUCACUGGAGCUGAAAGAAGACGUUAUCUCUCAUCAGAAUGUUGAUCAAUCAUUGAAUGAUAUCAUUAGGAUCUCCAAAUGCAAACUGGAUCUCUUCAGGAUUUGAAGGUCAGACUAGCAGUUUCAUACGGGGGCCAACGGCAAAUCCAUUCAACGUCCCAAAAAACGUCCAUUAGGGGAAACGCGCUGUACUUUCAAAAACGAUGCAAAACAAAAACCACAAAUGUGCUAAAACACGUGCAGAGGGAGAAACAUCUUCCUCAGCUUGACCAGCAUGCGCAGUGUGCACUAAAAGCCCCGCAUGAAGAAAUGACAAUACUGACAAAAAGCGUAAGGAGCGCUCCGGUCCCAGCUGUCUCCUUUUUAUUUCCCGUUGUGUUUGAGCUUCUCGCAGCGCUUUCAGUGAACCCGCUCCAUGUGUCGUGAAGCUGGGGAACGUUUUCUAAACGCUACGCAUGCGUUGUCAGAAGUUUUCUUGGUUUGCAUUUGUUUUGGCACGCGUGUGAACACCUUUGCAUCCUGUUUGGGAGUGCAGCUCGUCCCUCCCAUAGUAAGUGAUUUUGGACCGUUGUGGGCCACCGUAGUUUAAGGGUCUUUAAAACUGAUGAUGGAAAGUUAGUGACUUUUUAGACUGAACUAAACUCUUCAUGAAUCUGAACUCUAGCGGCUCACAGAUCUCAAUGAUUGAGCUUCAUUUAAGCUCAUUUUGAAAGAAAUCCAAAAUGAUGUUAAAUCUGCUUGAAUAGUUUUGUAGAUGGAAAGAUGCAAAACCAGCGGUCUGCUCCUUUAAAUAUGAAGGUUGGAAUACAUGGUGCUAAGUUAUGAGAGGAGGAGGAGUUUGUGUACACUCUGAAAUAAAGGAUGUUUGUCCCGACAGCAGGUGGCGCUGCAGAAUCACAAACACACGACCUGCAGCAGGGAGAGACGUUAAAUGAUUUGUUAUCUUCAGAGACUUCAAGACUCUGAUUUCUGUGUUUGUCUAAAUAAAUUAUUAUGGUUUUGAAAUGUGCUGCGUCAGCUGUUCUCUUUCUAAUACUUGUAAUAUAUUUCAGUUUUAUGAAAGAGCGGAGAGAUGUUACCACUGCUUAACUAAUAAAGAUGAUUUUAAAUCUUCAGCCCGUCGCUCACACA